GGCAAGCAUGAGAAAGCUAAAGAGGCGCAAUGCUCCGUCCAAUGAUGAAGAUGAUCGAUUGCCCUUGUACGAUUCGUCCACUGCCACAAGCUCCAACGGACCGUCGUCUCGAGCCAAGCAGCGCAAACGAAGAUCGACCGGACCUUGUUGGCCAUGGGCCAGACUAGUAAUGGUAUCCGGUAUUGUUCUGACAGUCUACUGUGGUUGGAUCUGGUGGAAAGCACCCGAUCAUAAACCUCCCAUUCCCCCCAUUCUACAUCGUGCGUUUCCCUACAAACGUGAUUGGUACUUGCCACGGAUACGAGACGAUGUCAAACUGGAAGAGUGGGAUGGCCCACAGCUAAUACACGUGGUUCACACACGGUUCAUGCAAGAACAGCCCAGCUUGACGUCUUUGGGACGUGCACGACUGGGGCUCUUUCGCGUCUUUUGUCUACCUACGAUGAUUGAGCAAACCACCAACCAUUUUUUGUGGAUUAUUAAGACGGAUCCCGACCUCGAUGCCGAAAUUAUGCAAGUGCUGGUGGAUUUGGUCUCUCCUUAUCCCAACUUUUUCCUCGUAGCAUCCAACGUCAAUUUUCGUAUCAACGAAGAUUUUCCUGGCGCUUGGCGGGAUGGUGCCCAGGCCAGGGACUUGGCCCUGUCUCGAACUUAUACGGGCAAUCAAACGCUUCUCGAAGUCGCCAUGGCGUUGGAAGCCCAGCUACCCAUACUCGAAACCCGGCUCGAUGCCGAUGACGGAUUACACGUUGAAUUUCUGGAACAAAUGCAGUACCAGGCGACCAAGGCCUUUCGACAAAGUGCACUUAAAUGGAUGUACUGGUGUACACGACGGCAUAUGGAAUGGCAUUGGAUAGACGAAGUACCGUCCUCCUUCGAACACGACUCGCCACUUGGCCAAAAGAUUGUGGAAUACGGGGCUUUGCAAGGUGUGCAACAUUCCAACCUCUGUAUUACAGCCGGAUAUACAGUGGGCUUUCCAGUCGGGGUGUCUGAACCAGACGUACCCGUGUAUCCUCAUCAAGAUUUGGUGUCCAUGAUUCGAAAACUACCAUCGGAAAAGGCUUGUGGAUUGAAACCGAGUGAAAAAUGUUUGCAGUUUGUUGAAGAACACAUUUUUGAAGCAGUUCGAUCCCGAACGCACACCUCGGCCGGGAUGCUGAAGGUGCGAUUAGAGCAAGACGGCCUGGUGAAUACUCCUUGGUUGUCCUACGCGUACUGGGAUCUGUUAUGCAAGAGUUUUGAAAUUCAGCGAAUGCAAGUGCGGUGGAUGAACGAAUAUCUGACAUCCCACAUUAUCGACAUUGCCCGAGACAAUCUUCUGGGACAGUGCACUCUGGGUCACAGUUGCAAGGACUCGGCCAAGGAAGAGCUGGCAAAGGUGAUUGAAAAGUACAGAAACCGAACAACUUCGGGCUAG